GCUUUCCGAGCCAACCCAUCCCGACGUUGGGUUUUUAGCCGAGUCGAAAGAGAGGGAGAAGUCGGAAGGGACCUCCACCGAGUUCCUUUUGAUUCAGGUGCUGAACAAUGGCUUUUACCCAUAAAAUUGGGAAUCUCUUUAAGAAAGCUACAGCUUCCAAUCUAUCAGUGUAUCAAGCAAUACGAUCCAUGUCAUCCUCGAAACUCUUUGUUGGAGGACUCUCAUAUGGCACGGAUGAUCAGAGUCUGAGAGAAGCAUUCACCAGCUAUGGUGAAGUUGUGGAAGCUAGAGUUAUCAUUGACCGAGAAACUGGUAGGUCCAGGGGAUUCGGGUUUGUAACUUUUACAUCCACUGAGGAGGCCUCUGCUGCCAUGACUGGAAUGGAUGGAAAGGAUCUUCAUGGCCGGAUGGUGAGAGUCAACUAUGCUGCAGAGCGGAGAGGAUUUCGUGGAGGCUAUGGUGGUGGUGGCGGUGGCUAUGGUGGAGCUGGCUACGGUGCUGGUGGGGGCUACGGUGCUGGAGGGGGAUAUGGAGGCGGUAGUUAUGGUGGUGGUGGCGGCAGCUACAGUGCUGGAGAGGGAUAUGGAGGCGGUGGUUAUGGUGGUGCCAGUAAUUACAGUGGAGAUACCUACGGCAGUGGAGGAGGUGGUUAUGGUGGUGGAAGUACCGGUGGUUAUGGUGGUAGCAGUGGUGGUGGGGACCACAGUGUUGCAGGAGGAAGUGGUGGUAGUGACAACUAUGUCGGUGGUGCCCCUGCUGAUAACUAUGCCAGCAGUGUUGGUGGUGCUGCAGGUGGUUAUGGUGGCAGUGGUGGCUAUGAUGGGAGCGGUGCCACAGACUACGGCAGCAGUGGCAACCAAUACAGCAGCAACACAAGCAGUGCUGAUGCUGGUUGUGAGAAUGAAAGUCAAGACAACUUGUUGGAUGACAGUUUCAAGGAUGAGGAUGAUGAGCCUGAUAACUAUGCCAACAAACGAAGCUGAGGCUAAUGAACCACGAUAUGCUCAUGUCGGAUGAACAUUUAGACGAGUCGCAGAUUGGGAAGGAUAAUGAUUAGCAUUGUCUGUCAUCAAAUCUCAAGAGUGAAGUUUACAAAGAGGGCAUUAUCUGUAAACUUUGUGUUACAGAAGCUAGCUCAUUACUAUCUUGUGUUAUUUUGACUGUUCUUUGCUUUAAUUAAUGUUGUGGAAAUCUGAACGGUGAAUUAAUACUGGGUUACUUUGAUCUUAAUGCAUAGAUGCAUCUCUGUGCUGUAGACAUUUGUUCUGGAUAUCAAUUUAAGGGUAUCUCGAGAUGGUCAACCUACU